GUGAGAAGUCUUUUUGAGUAACCACAGUUGUUUCUAGUAGAACAUGGUUGGACCUGAAAAUGCAUUCAAUUUGUUCCUGAAACGUCUCAUAUACCUCUCAUCAGCUUAGUUGUGGUGAUGAUUAUCUGCUUUGGACUCAUAAGCUGUAAGACACCUUAAUGCCAGUGCUGUCCAAGGAUUCAGAACCGCAAAUGAAGGUAAAUUGCAAAAGAUGUUUUAUUGUAAGGGAUAUUAUGCCCUUUGGCUAUUAAGUAAGUCUUUGUUAGAUCUGCUGAUUUGCUGUUCAGUCAAAUGUCAGUGUGGCAUAUUUGGAGAUUGUAGACCUGAAAGUAACGUAAGGCCUGCCAUGACAUGUUUCUCGAUUCAACCUACGAAGAAAUUGUUGGAUGUUUGAAGCCAUAGCCAAGAAGAACCUUUUAAAUUCAAAGGUUUUUGUUUAUGUGCCUAUUUAUCACAUGCAUGUUUAAAGAGCCUUUAAAGGGAGCCUCUUCCUUGACCAGUUUCAAUAAUCAAUCAUUUAAUUGAUUAUAUUUUAAGCAAAUGCUUAAAACAUAGUGCAGUUAGAGGCAGGAGACUGGAGGCAUGUUUAAGAAAUAAAACAAUAAUUAUUAUACCAUGGCCUCAAUAAGGAAAACUGUGACAUCUCUGGCAGAUGCAGUCAUGAAAGAUGAACUUCGGAUCAGAUGCGGUGGAGUAACACCAGCUAGUUCUGAUAAAUGUUACUUUUCUAUAAACGUAUAAUGAUAUAUUACAAAGCACGUGCACACCUCAAAAAUAAUUCACUUCAAGACACCAUGUGUAAGGAGCCUUGAGUGAAACCGUAUCUAAUCUUCUAGUUCAUCAUCAUGGCCUAUAUUUCAAAGAAGGUGGACACAAAAUACUGUUUGCUUUAAAUUCAUAUAUUAAGACUAUAAUUUGGAAUCAUUAGUCCAGUAUAUUGCCUGUAUUUUCUAUGGUUCUUUUUCAGAGUUCAUUUGGGGAAACCUGUUUUGUUUAAUAUAAUGUGGAAGCUCUUCAUCUUUAUAUAGUAGUACAUUAAAAAAGAGCAUAUUCUGUUUCUUGUAAAAGGAGCCGAUUUUCUGUCCGCUUCAUAAGCUACUGUAUACUGUUCUGUAUUAGGUUUUUAUCUAUACGUUUAUAAGCUGAAUUUAAUUGCUUUUUUAAACUGUACUAUGUCGUCAUAGGUUAUUCACAACUUCUCGUUAAAUUGCUGAUUUUAAAGUUAAUUAGUAAUUGUAAUGGAUCAUACUUUUAAAGUAAUCCAACAAACCCUGCUCAGCACCAGAGGACCACAGGUAGUGGUUGGUCCCAGGCCUCAGGAUCAACAUCUUUGCCAUGUUCUUACAAGAGUACAGAAGAGGACGUCACUGAGCUACUGCCAACAUGAGACAAGUGAAUUCCUACUCAGCAACAAGUGUGCUAUGUACAUUAAUAAAGAUAGUAAACAAUAAAAUAACUUCAUACUAGAUAUCAUAAUAUCAGUUCAGUCAGACAACUCACUUGUUUCAUUCACAUGUUUAUUAGAAGCAUUAUAUAGUUUAAGUUUGGCGUCUAGGCUCGGGCCUCAUCACUCCACACAUUAACAUAAAACAUUGAGUGAUGAUUAGAUAACUAUCCCCCGAGCCUACAGGUGGAAGCUGGGGUGGACGCUAGGGUGGUGGUGGGGCAGGCGAGCAUCGUGAACGCAGCCGCAGCAGCAGCAGCAGCAGCGAGGCAGAGGUACUGUAGGCAGAUCUGACAGCUUAAAUAGAGCGCCAGAUUCAGGGGACUAUGGUUGGUUGGCUGUAAGAGUGACGAGGGGCGUUAUAUGCUUGACUGCCUGAACUAGCUCCCAGGCUUCACCCCAUUUAAGUUAGGGGCCAUUGGGCUGACCACAAAAGUGUUAUGGUGUUUAAUAUUUGUCACAACUUAUUUAGUGAUUUAUUUUUGCGUAAAAUACCAAAACAGCACAAAACUGUAUUUUAAAAAGGAAAGUUCAUGUGAUUCAGGUGUGCCUAUUUAUUGCUAUUCAAUUUAAAAUGAUAUACACACUUCAAUGUUUUUAACACUGAGCAAAACUGUCAUAUUGCACUACUUUCUAUUGAGUCCAUCUGCAAAUGUUUAACUUUCAAUAUUUGAUUUGUACAGUUUUUUACAGCAAUGAUCUGCUGUGAAAUCUAUGUAAUUUGUUACUGUUACAUUGUAAUUUUGUACCUGAUAUAAAAAGCAUGUUUUUAAGCACCAGAGAGUAUGUUUUACUUUUUAAAACACAGAAGUAAAUAAGUUGUUGUUGGUUCAUAUAUGUUGUCAGUAAUGUUACCACUGAAAAAUAAACUGUAUUCUACAUGAGACCAAUUCAUAAUUUUCGAACUGAAGCCACGCCCCCAGGAGAUCCUCCGUGUGAGCGUAGUCUGUGAGCUGUCAUUAUCUGGAUCUCAUCUCAGUUGUGACGUUUAAAUGGUCUACUCCGCAUCAAGUUGUUUCUGUCAAGAUUUAAUUGUACUCAUUAUGAAUGUCUUUUGCCCAAACACGAAACAAAGUGUAGAAACAUAAGUGUAAUUCUGUGCUUUCAUUGCCAACAUUACAAAUGCAUUGCUUGCAUUAUUUGGUUUAUAAAAAUAUCACAUUCCCAAACAUUGUGAACUAGGGUUAUUGAGGUCAAUAACGCAACAAAUGCAACAUCUUAAAAAAUGACAGGAAAAAAACUCUUAUAUUUUACGUGGAAAAAAAACCCAAAUUGGGAUCAAUAAGGUAUAUCUUAUCUUAUCUUAUCCCUGAAUUCCGUCCGUCAGAUGCCUGUCCUGGAAGAUGACAGUACUGAUUGAAUUAAAGCAUAGCUUCCUGAUAGCAGGCACAAACACCGAUGGGAGCGCCCCCUGGUGGGAUCAUUGGGAAAGUAAGUAAUAGUUAAACAGCACAGAGCGAAAACAUUGAACUGCAUUUGCUCAUGUAAAGUGCAUUUUGCUUAAACUGGCCUGAACUUCAUCUUAUCUAAUGCAUUCAAAGUUCUUUCUGCAUGCAUGUAAUAUACUUUGCACGGAUCAAGACAUUGUUGGAUGAUCAUUUGUGUUGUUGACAUAAGGAAAUGAAACAGUAAUAGGUUGACUAGUUAUUCAUUCCCUUUUAAAUAGUAUAGCUGUUAAUAUUUUUGAGCAUACUUUUCAGUUAUCUUAUAACCUUAAUUUAAAAAAAAUCAAUUAAUCCUACACCUUGUUUUUCCCAAGAGUAUUUUAAUUAUAUGACUGUGAGAAUUUAAAUAUAUACCAUCUACGAAGUAUGCUCAGAGAGCGUUGAGUGUUGUACUGAAACACCUUCUACUUAUUGAUAUAUAUAUCAUAAAGAUAAAUAAAUGAUUUUCAAUAUAUGAAUAAAGGCACUGUCCAUAACAAGACGUUCAUAGAUCAGACUUGAGCAGCCUACUUCCUCACAAUCCUCUUAUGAUCUAUUUUUGCCAAUGUAGGGAUAACCUCGGGAGGUAUAAAACAGCACCCACAACAGCAUAAGCUGUGAGAGCUGUCUUAAUCCACUGGGGACUUCUUUUGACCUCUUAUACUUUUAGUGCAGCCCUUUGUUUGUAGCUCUAGCAAAGAAGGAAACUGAAGAUGGCUUGGGAUUCAGGAAUGGAGCCCAAUGGCACAGAAGGCAAUAACUUCUACAUCCCUAUGUCCAACAGGACUGGACUUGUUAGAAGUCCUUAUGAAUACCCACAGUAUUAUUUGGCAGAUCCCAUUGUAUUCAAGCUUCUAGCUGUCUACAUGGUCUUCCUGAUCUUCACUGGAACUCCCAUCAACGCUCUGACAUUGCUAGUAACGUUCCAGAACAAGAAGCUCCAGUCGCCUCUCAACUACAUCUUGGUCAACCUGGCUGUGGCUGGGCUGAUCAUGUGCGCCUUUGGAUUCACCAUCACCUUCACAUCUGCUAUCAACGGCUACUUCAUUCUUGGCCCCACUUUCUGUGCUAUUGAGGGAUUCAUGGCCACACUUGGAGGUCAGGUGGCUCUGUGGUCUCUGGUAGUGCUUGCUAUUGAGAGAUAUAUUGUGGUCUGCAAACCCAUGGGAAGCUUCAAGUUCGGUAAUAGUCAUGCUGGAAUUGGUGUUGGGUUCACCUGGUUCAUGGCUUUCACAUGUGCUGCACCCCCACUGUUUGGCUGGUCCAGGUACAUUCCUGAGGGCAUGCAGUGCUCCUGCGGACCUGACUACUACACUCUGGCUCCAGGCUUCAACAAUGAAUCAUACGUCAUGUACAUGUUUAUUGUACACUUCUCGGUUCCCGUAUUCCUCAUUUUCUUCUCUUACGGAAGCCUUGUCAUGACAGUCAAAGCCGCUGCAGCCCAGCAGCAGGAGUCAGAGUCCACCCAGAAGGCUGAGAGGGAAGUGACACGCAUGUGCAUCCUGAUGGUCUUCGGAUUCCUGGUAGCUUGGGUGCCAUAUGCCUCUUUCGCUGCUUGGAUCUUCUUGAACAAGGGAGCUGCCUUCACCGCCAUGACAGCAGGCAUCCCUGCCUUCUUUGCAAAGAGCUCAGCCCUGUACAACCCUGUUAUCUACGUGAUGAUGAACAAACAGUUCCGUAACUGCAUGCUGAGCACUAUUGGAAUGGGCGGCAUGGUGGAGGAUGAGACUUCAGUGUCUACAAGCAAGACAGAAGUGUCCUCUGUGUCUUAACCACAAUGAUAUCAUCAUUUUGGACAUUUUCCUUAUAAUCACUUUAAAAUUCUUAAAAAGAUCCUUUUGAAAAAAAUUGAAUUUCACCUGUUAAUAUGUAUAAACUAAGAUUUGUAAUGAAAUACAAUUGCUGUGGAGGUUGCACAGCAUUUCUGUGUUUGUGUGCGGGUUAGGGUUAGUAAAUAAAUGAUGGAGGGAAUAUGUAAGUGAUUAAUGAACUGUCCCACUCUGCACCUCACAAACCUCAACUCUCAAAUCAAGCUACACCUGCUGAAAUGUGAUCACACUUCUUCUAUAGUGAAUAUGUAUCCAACAUGGGGCAUUUUCUUGUUUGUAUGUUUAAAUGGUCUAACAAUGUUCAUAGGAAAAAUGAAAACAAUAAAUCGUUGAUUAGAUAAAAAUUAUAA